GGUGGGGUGGCUUCCACUACCAGCAGUUCCACCCACCCCACUAGAAAAAGUAUUGGAUGCUCCAUACAGAUCAUCAAUUAUGAAGUAGCGCUCGGGCUGGCUAGCUGAUCAUCGAGCGACAAUUAAGGGCGGGCAGAAGGAUAGAGGCCGGUAAUUAAUGGAAACGAGCUCUUGCAGGGUUGUGGUGGUGGUAGGGUUACUGCUACUAGUUUUGUGUGUGGGCGAGGGUGGUUGCCAUGGGCAUGAUGAUCUCCAAUAUUACUAUUGCAACGGGAAUGGGUCGAUAGCCAAGGCGGAAGAUCAUCAUCGUGGUCAAUAUUAUUGUAACGGAGAGACGAUGAUGAUGAGGACGAUAUUGAUGGAAGAGGAGUACUACUACAACAACUACUACUACUACUUGGACCAGAUAAGCAGUAGAAGGUUUUUAGAGGAGACAGCGGCGUCAAAGAAGAAGUACAUAUCGCCAGGAGCGCUGAAGCCAGAUCAACCGGUGUGCGAUGGUACUGCUGGCGGGGAAGCUUACAGUAAGAAUGGCCGGUGUAUCCCUCCAGAGUCUAACCCUUAUAAUAGAGGCUGCUCCAAAUAUUAUCGUUGCAGGGGUGAUUCCUGAAUCCUGAAUCUAGAAUAUAUGAUGAUUUAGGUCUACUACUGCUACUGCUAGCUAGCUACGUACUCGGCCCCUAACUGUCUGUCACCACUCUCUCGUAUAAGUAAUAAUUACCAAUUCAAUUCAUGCAUUGCAUUGGCUGGUUCCUCUCA